UGGUAUUGAACUCAAGGUUAAGGGGCUGCACGGAUCUACUGCACAAUGGGAAAGCAUUGAAGACAUAAAAAAAAUAUUCUGGUGUAAAAAGACAACAACGUCAGAGUAUGUUGCAGACCACUGGAUGGAAGAUGACUUCUAUGGAUAUCAGUUCCUGAAUGGAGUCAACCCCGGUGUUAUCAAGCGCUGCUCAGAGCUUCCCAAAAACUUCCCGGUCACAGAGGAAAUGGUGAAGCCGUUCCUGGAAGAGGGAAGCUCUCUGCAGAAGGAAAUGGAGAAAGGCAAUAUGUUCCUUUAUGACCAGAAGAAGAUGGAUGGAAUUCCCCCUGCAGCCUAUAAUGGUGAACCUCUGCAUGUGACUGCUGGUCUCUGUUUGCUCAACGUGAACCCAGAAAACAAACUGAUGCCAAUUGCAAAACAGUUGAAUCAACAACCAUCUGAGAAGAACCCCAUCUUCCUGCCCAGCGACCCAGAAACUGACUGGCUGCUAGCCAAGAUGUUCAUUAAAAAUGCAGAUUGCAUGGAUCACGAAUCAGUCCAUCACUUCAUGAGGACUCACUUUCUGGCAGAGGCCUUCGCUGUUGCAACUCUCCGCAGCUUCCCUGUGAUUCACCCAAUGUACAAGCUGCUGUUUCCACACUUCCGGCACACUCUUCACAUCAACACUAGAGGGCGCCAAAGUCUAUUAGGACCUGAUGGGGUUUUAAGUAAUAGUUCACUUGGAUUUGUUGGACUAAUAGAGCUCAUGAGAAGGGAUCUCUCUGAAAUGACCUACAGCUCCCUCUGUCUGCCGGAGAACAUCGCUGCACGAGGAUUGGAGUCUAUCCCCAACUUUUACUACAGAGAUGAUGGCCUGAAGCUGUGGAACAUCAUCCAAAGCUUUGUGAAGGCGGUAGUGGAGCACUAUUAUCCCUCAGACAGUGAGGUGCAUAAAGACACUGAGCUGCAGGACUGGAUCAGUGAGGUCUUCACACAUGGCUUCUUAGGAAACAAAGCCGCAGGGUUUCCAGCAGCCUUUCAUACUGUCGAGGAAGUGGUCAAGUUCACAACCAUGGUGAUCUUCACAACGACGGUUCAACAUGCUGCUGUAAACAGCGGGCAGUAUGACUUCAACUCCUGGGCCCCCAACGGCACGCUCCGUCUGCGCAAACCUCCUCCAAACACCAAGGGGCAGUCAAGCAUGAAGACGGUCCUGGAGACCCUCCCGAAUGUUGGUGAUACAGUCGUCUUGGCAGGAUUGUUGUGGUUGCUUUCAGACAGAUACUCAAACUAUAUUCCCUUGGGAACAUACCCAGAGGAACGAUUUGAUGAGCCUGAGCCUAAGCAGAUGAUAAAGGAAUUCCAAGCAGCAUUGUCGUACCUCAGUGAAGCGAUAACAACAAGAAACUCACAUCUUGAACUACCCUACACAUACCUGGACCCUGCGGAGAUAGAGAACAGUGUUUCUAUUUAAGCAGAUCUGCGAUUGUAUCCAUGUAUUUCUCCUCACCUAUUUUGCAUGCUGGGAGUUCAGUUAUACUUUUAAUGUGGUGUAUAAUAGCUGGGGCAGAUAGAUGAGAUGUAAUGGAUCAUUAGUAAGUUGUUGCAUACUGGUAAGGGAGAACUAGAGUAUAUCUUGGUUGUGUGAUGCUGAGCAGAAACUAAACUGACUAACACAGGAGGUAAUGGCUUAAACAUUGCUCUGGCCCAUAUUUAUCGAUUACAGGCAAAACGAUACAUAAAAAUAGGGUGAAUGUUUAUUUUAUUUAUUUCUCUACAUUAAGUGUAUUUUGUUGUAUCAGACUUUCUUAAUGGAUAUAAAAUGCAGCUGUGGGUAGCUGCAUUUAACUGUGGGUCCACUAGUCAAGAUGAUUUCAAACAUAACAA